AUGGAUGCUGGAAACCGAGAGGCAUGUUUACCCGGGACCCGGGUGGACAUCCUGGAAAACCUCAUCAAUUCGCUGAUAGAUCCUUCCGGUCAUAACAUCAUCUGGUUUCGUGGACCGGCUGGAUCCGGCAAGAGUACGAUACUCAAUUCCGUUGCUCAAUACUUCUCGGAGCUGCACCGACGCGGCGCUUUUCUGUUUUGGGACCGAAAUGACCCUGUCAACAGUGACCCUGUCCAUGUGAUUCGUACCCUUGCCUUCCAGCUGGGUCGUUUCAAACCUCAAAUUCGGGCGAAACUGGCUGCACAGAUCGAAAAUUUGCCCGACAUUACUACAUCGCCCCUCGAUAUUCAAUUCAAGCAUCUUCUCGAGGAGCCUCUGGCCGAACUCGCAAGAGAGUCCGAUCUGGCCCCUAUUGUAAUCGUCCUCGAUGCCCUUGACGAGUGUGGGACUGCAGGAACGAGGAGAAAUCUCCUUCGCACAUUCUCCGAAGGCCUUGCCAGGCUUCCGAGUAUGCUCCGAUUGUUGGUAGCUAGUCGAGACGAGCCCGACAUUCAUGCUUCCCUAUCACGCCUGGGUGUCGAUGUGCAGGAUGCACCGAUCGGCGAUAAGUCGACAUCGUCCGAUAUCAAGCUGCUUUUCCAACAACGUCUUGCCAGCAAUGCCGAUGCCUUCGAAAUGCAUUGUCUGCCACCCGAUUGGCCGACAGAACCCGUCAUAGAACAACUAGUUACUCUGUCCGGGGGUCUAUUCAUCUGGGCAUCUACAACCAUUCGCUUCAUU